AAUUUUGAUAUUUGUGUUGUCAUUUGACAGUUUGUCACUGUUUUCUUGUCUGGAAAUUUUAAAUAAUUUUCUUUAUUACACCUAAAUAAUACCACCUCAUAUUACGUUAAAUCGCAUCCCAAAGCAAAAUGUCAGCACAAAAUUCGCCGGUCAAGGCGUCGAGAUCGCCUAGCGUUAUCGAAACAGCGGAUGACUUCGAUAGCCAGGAUACGUUGUUGAAACACGUUGAUAUAUCGAUAGUUGAGUCAGAAAAGCGCGCUAAUGGGACGUUGCACGUUCGUGAUCAUUACACCGUGUAUCUAAUCGAUCUCAAAGUGACAGACCCGGACUAUAAGUUGGUGCAGUCAAAGAUUAGCACAAUUUGGAGACGGUACACAGAGUUUGAACAGAUUCAUGACUACCUACUUGUAACUUACCCCCACGUGAUCAUACCACCACUGCCUGAAAAGAGGGUUCUAUAUGCUUGGAGGAAGUCAGACACCACUGACCCUGAGUUUGUGGAGAGAAGACGAGCGGGGCUUGAGAACUUCUUGCUGCGGGUUGCUUCCCACCCUCGGCUGUGCUUCGAUGACCAGUUCAUCAACUUCCUACAACAGGAGCAUGGCUGGCGGGAAACUAUUACUGAUAGUGGGUACAUAUUACAAGCGGAAAACAAGAUCAAAUCACUGUCAGUAUCAAUCCGGCUAAAAAAGCCUGAUCCAGAGAUUGAAAGUGUUAAAAACUAUGGGAAACAAUUAGAGACUAAUUUAGGAAACUUUCUUUAUACUAGAUCAAAAAUAAUAGAAAAGAAUUACGCUUUGUGCAAACUACACGCGAACUACGGCAAACUAUUCAGCGAGUGGAGCGUUAUUGAGAAGGAGAUGGGCGACGGACUGCAGAAGGCGGGUCAUUACUUCGACUCAAUAGCAGACAGCAUAGACUCAGUGGCAGAAGACGAGGAGCAGCUAGCAGACCAGCUGAAGGAGUACUUGUUCUACGCCAGCGCUCUGCAGCAGCUCUGCACCAACCAUGAGACCUUGCAGCGGGCACUGGAGAAUGCACAGGAUACGCUUACUAACAGGGUAUCGGAACGCAGUCGUGCAGCAGCGGGCAAGUCGGGCAUCAUGUCUCGUUUGUUCGGCACCACCGACCCCGACAUCGUGCGCGACCAGACCACGCGGGCGCUGGACAGCAAGAUACUGGCUGAUAAGGAUGCUAUAGAGAAGGCGAAGAGCGAUUUAGAAGAAUUCACCAAGAAGGCGCAGGUAGAGAUAGAAUAUUUCCAAAAACAAAAAGACAAGGAUCUCCACGAGUCACUCGUUAGCUUUAUUACUCUGCAAGUGAAAGCCGCCAAAAAGAACCUACAAGCGUGGACGCAGAUUAAGGAAUGCCUUCAAAACAUGCCGUAGACCCCACCAAGGAGUUUUUAUACCAAAUGUACCUACUGUGCGUUAGUCUUAAUACUUUUCUAUCUCACUUUGUAAGUAGAACUGUGUCGUUUCGAAACCGAGCAAGUAACUACUGAAUUACAAAACUUACCUUCAUACUAAGACAUAGGCUGAAUGGGAAUCACGCCAUCACCAUUGUAACGUCUGAAAAGUGAUUAAACUGCGUCGUUGGCCUAGUAAUCACAAAGCGCUACUGCUAUGCACGGGGUCUAGGGUUAGAUUCCUGGGUCGAGUCGAAAUUGAGUGCAUCGGAAAGCACUUAAAUGUCAGUCUUGCUUGUGAUCUCUCUCCGGUCGUGUCGGAUUGCCGUCCCAUCGCGCUGUGCGAGUGAAGGAAUAGUGAGUGCAUCUGUGUCCAAGCAAAUGCUUGUGCACGCAUAUGUCCUGUAAAAUUGGCUACUCCCUAUAUGAGAACAGCCGCCAUGGUCGACGAUCGACCGGGAUGAAAUUAUUAUUAUUCAAGUGACAUCCGUCCCUCUAUUUACGAACUUUUUGGACAUAAAACCGUCCACGGACAUUUGAACCCAUUUUUGCCUAUAAACGCCUAGAAGAUAAAAAGAUAGAAAAAUCUUGCUCAGUUUCAAAAUGACGUUAUAUGUUUAUAUCUUAUACUCAUUUUUGUGAACGAAAACUCGGUGUUUAAAAAAAUAGUUGUCAUAGUAUUUUUUUACUCUGUGUGGUAGAAUUGACUGCAAUAACUACUGUAAUCAAAAAAAUCGAAUUCUUUUAUAAUAAAACAUCGGUUUAUUUUUACUAAAAUCUAUAGAUUUUGAGAUUUCAGUCAGUAUAAAUAAAUUUAAGAUAAUAAUAUUCCAAUUUAUAUAUUGAACAAAUUAAAUCGUAACUCAUUCCAUAUCAGUAAAUUGUAUUGAUAUUAAAUAAUAUGUGUUAAUAGUAUUUGUUCUACUGAUCGCUAUUAUUAUUUCUCCUCACUAUUUCUAUUAUGAGUUUCACCUAAAUGUUCAAAUAUUGUAAUAUUGAGUUCUAGGGGCCAAUAUGAUUCGGGCGAGACUUUUCGUAUGCGUCAAAAUGACUAUGCAAUUGUGGGAAUUGUUCUGAAAAAACUAAUAAAAAUAAGUAUUCAGAACAGUUUCUACAGACUCUAAAUGGGCACCAGAAUUUUACUGAGUAAAUUAUUCCAAAAAAAUUGAGAAUAAAAUGACAAACGGAGCCAAUCAUGCCUUCUUUGAGACCCGGUAAUUUUAGUAAAACCCAAAAAUCUUCUAAUGUAGUUGAUCGUUUUGGUCACGCUCACCGUACUUAUUUGACCUACAAGAAGGCGCCUGACCUACCUGCUUUAUACCUCCGCUCUUUCCUUCCUCGGUUUGGCAAUAUGAUACAUAUUUAACUGUCAAGGCAAGAAAGAAAUAAAAUAAAAUACAUAACGUAAAAUUCUCGUGUCCAUAGAACGCAUUUUAGCCUAAGAGUUAGACAAAGACAUAUACCUACCUAGUUCUAUGUACAUAACCGUUUUAAUUAUAAACCUACGAGCUUUUUCUUCACCUGUAGUCUGUGGCAGUUUCCAGUGGCAAUAAAUGAAUUGUCUAAUAAUCUGUAACUGUGUAUAAAAAUGUAUAAUUUUGAUAAAAUAUGGCGUCUUGCACAUUUAGGCAGCACAUUGUAGUCGGUAAUGCUGAGAAAAGGGUUUUUUUUGCGCAAAUAGUCGAUUUUUCCAGACCAUGAGUGUUUACCGCCUAGUAUACUAAAUUACUAAACAUAUUUCUUGUCCUAACCAGAAAACCAAAGGUGUAUAAUGUCCUAAAAAUGUAUAUUGAUAUACUAGUCUCCGGUAAGUGUGUUAUUCUCACAUUUUCAAAUUGAAUAUUGGAAUUACUACAUACGAUACAUGUCUACAAUAUUUAAGAAUAAUCGGGAAUUGAUAGAAAUAAAAUAAAUUAAAAUUAUAUUCAUGAAUUUCAUUGUCGUUUUCAAAAUUACAAAUUGUAGUAUCUCUCAAAUUUAAAUACUCAUCUGUGAUUUUAAUGGAAUCCGACGUUUGUAUUAUAUUGUAAUAUUGUAAACUAUAUGAUAUGCUAUGUUGACUAUGUUUUAUUUAUGUUAAUUAUUUUUUUGAAGUGUCAAUGAAUCAGUUUUUAAUAAACUCAAACACUUUGUAUAAGA